AUGAGGAAGAAAACCAUUGCUAAAAAGCCUCCUCGUGAAAAGAUUUACAAGCUUCCCACAAAGCCUUCCACUCGCUCCCAAGACCGAACAUUUACCCCAUUUCCUUCUCCUCCUACCUCUCCUCCUCACUGUGACCCCAUGGCUCGUACCAAGAACACUCCAAGGUAUCCUGCCUCUGCCAAACCAACUCCACCACCAAAGGCGACGCCUUCCAAACCUGCCUCUUCAAAACCUGGCUCUUCAAAGCCAUCCUCAUCCAAAGGGAAGAGUCCGGCGAUGGAGGAACCUGUUCCUGAGUCACAACAACCCAGUGCAAGGUCAGUUCCUGUGCGCUCACAGAGAGGUAACACUCGUGUCCCUCUCAAAUCUAUUAGAGAACCAUACAUAGAUCCUUUUGCUCACAAAUCAUACUACAUAACAUCUCACUCAGACUAUAACCCCCAUCGUUUCAAAUCUGCCAUGAACCAUUGGUGGACGAAAUUGUGA